AUGAGGGAAGACUUCACCGGAAGUAUAGGCAACCUUACAGAUAGCGACGCAUUUGCAUACCAGCUCCCUCCACCACUUCUCGCAUUCUCUCCCUACCUUUACCUGCUCUUUGGCCUCUCCUACCUCACACUCGUCGCCUGUCUCCGCAACCGUCACCUCCGCUCAACCCGCGUUGAACAUCCCUACCCCACGCGCACCUCUUUUGCCUCUAUGACCAAUGAAGAUGCUUAUUUGAUUCAGCUGGACAUUGCGGAGCUCGAAUUUCCUUUUACGUUCGAAAAAAGUCUGCAAUUUGCACUAUUUCGCACCUAUGGCAUACCAACCAUCUCAAAGCUGCUUGUACAAACGAGUCAGUUGAGUGAGGAAAGUACCGCCACGAAACGGUACGCGGAUACAGGGAUUUUACUCGCUGAGUUUCUAGGAUACCAUCCCACAAGUGCCAGAAGCAUAGAGGCUAUCGGUCGCAUGAAUUACAUACAUAGCCAGUACCAAAAAUCCGGUAAGAUCCUGGACGAUGACCUCCUCUAUACACUCGCGCUUUUCGCUUGCGAACCCGCGCGUUGGAUAGAUCAGUACGAAUGGCGAAAUCUCGAGAACUUUGAGAAGUGUGCAAUCGGCACCUUCUGGAAGGCCAUUGGUGAUGCCAUGGAAAUUUCUUAUACGAAUUUGAAGAGUGGUGGAGAGGGAGGGCAGGGUUGGAUAGAUGGGCUCCAGUGGUUGGACGAAUUGAAAGCGUGGUCCGCCGAGUAUGAGAAGCGGUUUAUGGUGCCAGAUAAGAACAACCAGAAGACUGCGGACCAGACCGUGGCGAUUCUGUUAUACAGCAUGCCCGGGUUCUUGAAACCGCACGGGAGGAGAAUUGUCGGUGCGUUGAUGGAUGAUAGGUUAAGGACGGCAAUGAUGUACAAGAAACCAAGGAAGUUGUACUUCGUCCUCGUCUCCACCCUUUUCACCGUCCGCAAGUUUGUCCUGCGCUACCUCAUGUUCCCCCGCCCUCCAUUCCUCCGUGUCCAUAAUACUACCCAUGAGCCAUCACAAGCUGGCACAUACUACAUGAGGGUCUAUGAGACCCAUCCGUGGUAUGUAAAACCAAGUUUGUUUAAUCGAUACGGAAUCCGGGCUUGGAAGGAUUGGAUCAUGGGGUUGCCAGUGCCAGGGGACGAGGGUGAUAAGUAUCGGCCUUCGGGGUAUAAGAUACCUGAGGUAGGGCCGGACUUUAUGAGAGGGAAGGGGGUGGACUAUAUGAGAGCGUCGAGGGAGAGGCUUGUUGGCGAGCGGAUGAAAGGAUGCCCGUUCGGAAGGCCGAAAAAGGAGUGA